UACCCUCUCCCCUUCCCCACUUGGCCUUUUGGGCCCUCUCGCUUCUCUGUCAUUUCAUGCAAGUCAUGGCUACAAGGAACACUUAAUUCUUCUUCCUCCUCGCUUGCUUCUUCCAAACCCAUCACUCCAAUCAUCUCAACUUUACUUGUGAGAUCACUUCCCAUUAGGAAGAAACCCGUCUCCUCCGAGGAAACCCUCUUCCCCCCGGUCUUUCAAAUCCUUGAUGCCACUUCUUUGCCUUUGAUCCCCACUCGAGUCGUGUCGAGGGUCGAUUGCCGACAUGGGCUGCGUGCAGAGCAAGUGCUAUGGCCGCUGCGCGAGGCUCUGUUGCUGCCACUACCAGCCCUCCUCCUUGGCCACCGACGACGCCGGCGAGGGCGCUGACUCCUUCAGGAUCCACGAGACUGACUCCCCGCAGCGCCGGGGGCUCUCCAGCGCGGGCGGCUCGCUCGGCUCCGCCACCGUCCCUUCCGCUGGUCUCUGCCUCCGUUACGCCUCCCUCACGCAGCGCGGCUACUACCCCGACUCUCCCGACCGCGCCAACCAGGACAGCUUCUGUGUCAGGACCAACUUCCAGGCCAACCCCGACCUCCACUUCUUCGGUGUCUUCGAUGGCCAUGGCCCGUUCGGCGCUCAGUGCUCCGACUUCGUCCGCGACAAGCUCGCAGACAUCUUGGCCAGCGAUGCUCGCCUGUCGGAGGACCCCAUUAAGGCCUAUCAGCCCGCUUUUCUGGCAACUAAUUCCUCGCUGCACGACAGCGAGAUCGACGAUUCGAUGAGCGGCACGACCGCUAUCACUGUUCUUGUCAGUGGUGGAGCACUUUAUGUGGCGAAUGUGGGGGAUUCACGGGCGGUGGCUGGGGUUUGGAAUGGGAACCGCGUCGUGGCCGAGGACUUAUCGAGUGACCAGACGCCGUACCGGAAGGAUGAGUAUGAGAGGGUGAGGCUCUCCGGGGCGAGGGUGUUGUGCGUUGAUCAGGUGGAGGGGAUGAUGGAUCCUGACAUACAGAGCUGGGGCGAUGAGGAGGACGGCGAUGGGGAUCCACCAAGGCUGUGGGUGCAGAAUGGCAUGUAUCCUGGCACGGCGUUCACGAGGAGUGUGGGAGACUCGACAGCCGAGAGUAUAGGGGUGAUUGCCAUUCCGGAGGUUAAGACUGUGAAGAUCACACCAAACCAUCUCUUCUUUGUCGUUGCAAGUGAUGGAAUCUUUGAAUUCCUAUCAAGUCAAGCGGUGGUUGACAUGGUAUCCAGGUUUGUUGAUCCUCAGGAUGCCUGCUCAGCCAUUGCUGCUGAAUCUUACAAAUUGUGGUUAGAGCAUGAAAACCGGACAGAUGAUAUAACAAUUAUUGUUGUGCAGAUCAAAGACAUGGUUGCUUCAUACGCCGAGGCAACCAAUGAAACCAUCCAUACCAGCAACAGUAUUCCCCUAAGUCCAGCGAAAGUAAAAGCCCAGAGGCGCAUAGUAUCACAGUCCGAUACUAACCAUCCAAUAAAAGGCAGCUGCCAGGAGCUGCAGUCAGGCCCUCCAGACUCCUCAGCCAACUUUAGUCCUGCAUAUGUUGCAAGAUCUCCAACUCACUCUGUUCAUUUAAAAGAGAUUAAUCCACACUGAUUGGAGCUUAACGGUUUUUCAUAUUUUCUUAUUCUAACCUCUUCAUUUUGCAUAUUCCGGCAACAGCAGAAGGCACAAGAGAAGGUCCCAUGUUUUCUUUUUUCAAAGCAUCCAACGCAAGGAGAUUUUGGUUGUCAUCUUGGCAAUGUUUUCAUUAUCAUUAUAGAUCAUUCUAUAAAAUAACUUUGUCGUGUCCUCCACAAUGCAAGUGUUCGAGAGCCCCUUCAAGCAAAAUGUUACUGUGACUUUUUCAAUGGCUUGGGACAGACCAUUGGUGCUACAGGGCAUUCAUCUUCAUUGCCAUAUGACCAGAUAAUUCUGUCAUGUAGGAGAUGAAGCAGGAGAUCGCUUACUGCAACCGUUCUAAAUUAAGGUGAAUCUCCAAAACAUAAAGGCUAAAUAAUGAGGGUGGAUGAUGUAGAAAUGGUUGUAUGCUACUUUUUUUAUCCAUAUUGAAUUCGAGCUUAUUUUAAGUAAUUUCUAAUUUUAUUACA